CCCCCCCCCUCUUCGUCUUCUCCGGUCGUCGAAAUCGCCUGAUCCGAUUCAAGCGGAAGAUGUCUUAUGCGUAUCUCUUCAAGUAUAUCAUCAUCGGCGACACUGGAGUCGGAAAAUCAUGUCUUCUGCUUCAGUUCACCGACAAGAGGUUCCAGCCGGUGCAUGACCUCACCAUCGGUGUUGAGUUUGGGGCCAGAAUGAUCACCAUCGACAACAAACCCAUCAAACUCCAGAUUUGGGACACUGCUGGUCAAGAAUCCUUCAGAUCUAUUACCAGAUCCUAUUACAGAGGGGCUGCAGGAGCAUUGCUCGUCUAUGAUAUCACGAGGAGGGAAACGUUUAAUCACCUGGCCAGCUGGCUAGAGGAUGCCAGGCAGCAUGCGAAUGCAAACAUGACAAUAAUGCUCAUUGGUAAUAAGUGUGAUCUCGCCCACCGAAGGGCAGUUAGCACAGAGGAAGGAGAACAGUUUGCAAAGGAGCAUGGGCUAAUAUUUAUGGAGGCCUCCGCCAAAACCGCUCAGAAUGUUGAAGAGGCAUUCAUCAAGACAGCUGCAACGAUAUACAAGAAGGUCCAAGAUGGUGUAUUUGAUGUGUCAAAUGAGUCUUAUGGAAUAAAAGUUGGAUAUGGAGGAAUUCCAGGGCCAUCAGGUGGAAGAGACGGAUCAUUGUCGCAAGGAGGAGGGUGCUGCAGCUGAGGAAGUUGUCUAUAUCAUAUGGGAAAAAUGUACUAUAACCACACACGAUAGAAAGUGUAUUCUCUAUAUAUGUACAUCGUCUUGGAGUCUGUUUUGGCUAUAUUAUGCAAAGUAUGGGCAGAGGCUGUCUUGUUGUAGAACUGGGAAAACAUUUUGACAGAUGCGGGCUGACAUUCAAGGGUGGCGAGGGCCUAUCAAAUGGUCCGGCUUUUGUGUAGGGUUGGUCUCUGGUUGCGCGUGAAUUUAGAUCUAUGUCGAGCCAAGUUAUGUUUCGCUUUGCA